CCAGGGUGUUUAUUUGAUCCCAUGAUUUGACGUAGAUCAGAUGUCUUGUGUUAAAUUAAAGUUGUUCAUAAAAUGGUUGCCACAUGUAGAAUGCUUUUGAAAAAUUAUGUCGACAGAAGAAUCAACACCACCAGCAAUGGAUGUGGACACCGCAAGCGAUAACACGUCCAUUGACGAUAAGAUAGACGAUUUUUGUGAAAAUCCAACCAGAGAUGCACUAACUGAAGGUUUAAUGAGUUUACUUAAGCCAACAGUUGAUCAAUUGGAUGAAAGGAUUCGUGCUACUAGAAUAUGCCAAAUUGAAUUGAAGCAGCGUAUUGAAUCAUUGUCAGAUGUUUUAACUAAAAUCAAUGAAGCACUUCAAUGCCCAUUUGAGACUGAUUCUUAUGUUAAGAAGCUCAUUAACGCUAAACAGAAGAUAACCGUAGUAAGUAACAUCUUACAAGUUACUCAAGAACGGAUACAUAAGCUUCAUCAAGCUGUAGAAAAAAAUACAGCUAAAAGAAAAGCGUUAUUAGAUCAUAGUUCUAUUUAUAGUAGUGCUAUUCAUAUACAUGAAAAAGAAGAGGGGGAAUAGAGAAUUAAUAUAUAGUACUUACAUAUUCUUUUAUUAUUCUUUAUCAACGUGAAU